AUGCUUUGGAAAAUUUUAUAUAAUAUUUUAUUUGCUCUUUUAGGUAAAAUAAAAUUAAAAAAAAUAUAUAAAAGUAUACGUAAUUGUAUAUAUGCGAGUGCAUAUAAUAAUUCCUUGAGCACUUGUACAUGUACACAUGAAUUAAAGUUAUCAACAUUACAUGAAAAUUUAAUUCGAAGCAACCAAUUUCAACAGGAUAAUGGAGAAAAGGCAUGUAGUAAAAAUGAUGAUAAUAACAAAAUUAAUGCUGAAGAUGAUAAAAAAUUGUAUUCCUAUGAUAGUACAUCUUUUGGGCCGUUAGAAAAUGACAUCACUGCAAAAAAAUCAUCAUAUUACUCAUACAUAAAAGGAGACAACACAUAUACACGUAAUACAAAUAAGAGGUUAAAUAUGAAUGAAAAAUUUAAUUCUGUUUCAAACGCAUUUAUCCAAAAUAAUAGAACAAGAAAUGCUCAAACUCAAAGUACAGCAAGAAAUUCCUUAGAAUAUGUAAAUAAAAGUGCUUAUUCAAGAAAAUUGCCUUCCCCAAGAAGUAGGACAAUAUCCUAUACAACAGACAACAUAGAUUACAUUGAUGUGAUAGAUGGGUCUGAUUAUUAUUUAAUUUCUCAGUUAAGACCACAUUAUGCUUAUAUACACUUUUUUGAUGAAUUUAAACGUAUAUCAUCACAUAAUGGGGAACAUAAACGUAGGUAUGACAAUUUGCAUAAAACCAAAAUAGAUCCCAUAAUAAAAAGCAUAUCUAAUGCAAUAAACGGUUGUAAACGAGAAAAAGAUGAACUGAAGCGCUUAAUAAAUAUUUUAGAAAGUCCUCAGAAGUUAAGAGAGCUAAAAGAAACAUAUGCUGAAAAAUUUCGUGAGUACGAAAUUAGAAAUCAAAAAUUUCGCCAAUGCUUAUUAGAUAAAAAUAGAAAUAACUCUCUUGAAAUAGCAAAAAUAAAAAAUGAAGUUUCUGUAAUGUUAAAUAAUGUGGUACGCAAUAAUUGGCAUAGGAAGGAAGGGUACACUGAAAUUAUUAAAAUAUAUUUAUUAGGUUUAAAAGCUAUAUCUUACAAUGAUCAUAGCAACUUUAUAAAUCGGUAUAAACACUCUUAUAAUAAUGGGAUUAAUAUAAUAAAAAAAAGUGAAAACAAAAUAGAUGACAAUUUUAUUAUAAGUUCGAUAAAAUUUACUCAAGAGGAGAUAAAAUACAUUGUAAACAGAUUUGAUUAUCAUUUAUCAAAAGUGAAACAAACAAAAGAUUAUAUUACAGGACAUUCCGAGGUAUCUAAAUUAAAAUUAGAUGCUUAUCAUUACCUUGAACAGUACUAUUUUUCUGUAGCUAGUAACUAUGCCAUAUUUAAGCUUAGUACAGACAGUCUGAAAAUGUUGUCUACUAGCUUAAUACAUAAAGAAAGAAUAAUUAACAACUUGUUUGAUGAAUUCGUUAGUGAAUUAGAAAAAAAAGUAGCUAAACAUAUAGAUUCACAAUAUUUCAUUAAAAACAGUGAUAAUAUUAUAUUAAAAUCUAACGAAAUAUUAAAAUAUAGAAAAGCUGUAUAUCAUAAAACCGAAGAAACAAUAGAAAAAAUGAAAGUGUAUAAUAAUUUGGAAAUUAAGAAAGUUAAAAAUGAUUGUGAUACUAAAAUGGCUCAUUUUAAAACAUAUCUAACUUAUAUAGAAUCACAUAUCUUAGCUAUUAAAACAUCACGUGAUUACAAUUUGUCAGAAAAAAAUUCCGUUUUAAACAAAAAGAAAGCUAUACCAUCUAAUCUUAGUUCUCUAGAGAAAGCAGAGAAAUUAUUUGAAAUAAUAGAUAAAAUAAGAUAUAGUGAAAUUUCUGUAUCUGAUAGUUUUGAAAAUAUCAAGAAUAAUUAUAAAGAAAUCGAAAAAAUAAAUACUGAAAUGCAUGCAUUAAUAGGGUCCAUUAACGAUCAAAUGAAAAAUUUAGAAAAUUUAACCAAAAAGGAAGAUGCAAUUAGAGAUCUCAAAGAACAUAUAAAAGAAAAAAUGGAAUACAUAAAACAAAUAAAAGAAAAAAUAAAAGAAAUAAUUUCUUUAAAUAAUGAUGCAGACAGAAAAUUCCUAGAAGUUGAUAAAUUAGUUAAUGCGGCACUAUUUCAAAAAGACGAAUUUGAAAAAAAGAAAGUUCAGUUGGAACAUGCAACAAAGGAAAUAAUUACGAAAUUUUACAAAGGAGAUUUGCAACUAAUUGUAGAAGACAUGACAAAUUUUUUAAGUGAUGAAGAAAAUUUUAAUGACAAGACAAGCACUAAAGAGGAAGUUGAAGAUGUGCUAACGAAAACAAAUGAAAAACGCAAAAUACUCGAAGAUAUGAAAUGCGAUAAUAUUUCCCAAAUAUUACAUGGUUUAAAAGAAGAAUUAGCAAAAGUUAUCUCCUUCAAAGAUGAAAUUGCAAAUAAGCAGUUUGAAAAUAUGCUUUCAGAAAUGUCAAGAAUGUCAGCUGAAUUAACAAAAGAGUAUGAUAAUUUUAAAAUCAGGUUUUCAGAUUAUGAAAGGGAGAAACGAAAAUUACAGAACUAUAAAGAUCAUAUAAUUAUAAGAAUGAAGAAGAUGGCCAAAAAGGAACUGGUAAAUGAUGAAGAUUCAUUGGAAGAACAAAAUAAAUAUAGCAACUUUGUCCAAAUUAAGGAAAUUAUUUUUAAAAAAGAAACUGAAAUUACUAGUGAUACUAGUAAAUUACAUGAUAAAAUAAGAAUUGUUAAAAGUAAACUACAGAAAUAUAAAGAUUUAACUCAAAUGUUUGAAAUACAUACGAAGAGAAAAGAUUUAGAUAUGAAAUCAGGGUUCGAAAAAAUUGAAUCCGAUAUUAAUGAACUAAAACUAAGUGAAUUUGAAGUUAAAUUUAAUGUUUCCAAGGAUAACGUUAUCAAUACUAUAAAAGAAAUUGAAAACAUAAACAAAAAUAUAGACGCUAUUAAAACUUUAAAUGCUUCGGAAAAAAAUUCUAUUAUUAAUAAAAAAUCUAUGGAAAAAUUAAUAGAGAAUAAGAACAAUCUAAAAGGAAAAAUUGAUAAUCAUACUGAAAAAAUAAAUAAGGAUAAAUUAAUAGAACAAAGUAAAAAGACAAUUUUUUUAAACAGUUUAGAUAGAGAAAAAACUAUUAUAGAAGAACGAUUAAAUGAUACUAAUAUCAAAGAGUUAAAUGUAAAAAUAGAUAAAAUGUUAAAAUAUUGCCAUGAAUCGAGGGAAAAAAUUAAGGACAAUAAUGGAAAUCAUUCAGAGGAACUCGAUGAACAAGAAAUUGAUUGGGAAAAUCUCAAAGGAAAAAUAGACGCAUUAAGUGGUAGUUACUUAGCGUUAGAUAGAAAUAUAGAUGACAUAAUAAAUAAUCAGUAUGAAGAAAUUAUAAUAUUAAUUGAUAAACUAAUAGUAGUUAAGGGAAAUGGUAUUGAUAUUAAAACUCAGGGGCUUAUACGUAAUAUAGAAAAAAUGAAAACGAGGUUGUCUUCUAUUGAUAGUAAUGAAGAUAUUAAAAAAUACGAAAGUAGUAUAAAAGAAGGACUGGGUAAAUUAAAAGCAAAGUCUCAUGAAAUACUAAAAAAAAUUGAGGAUAAUCAUGGAAAAUUAACUAGCAUUAAAACAAAAGCAAGUGAGUGUGUUGCAAAAUCAAAUGAAGUAAAAAAUAAACAGAUUGAAUCAAAUAAAAUAAAAAAUAAACAAAAUGAAUUACGCGAAGAGAUGGAUAAGCACAAAAUAUACAGUAAAAAUAAGGAUGAGCUAGAUGAAAUUAAUAAAAAACUUACAGAGGAAUCCGAAAAUUUGGAUACUAUAGAAAGAUUAGACACUGCUUCAAAGGAAAUAGACAAUGUUGAAAUGGAAUAUGAUAAACUAUUAGUUAAUCAUAUUGUUCACAUGAUUGAUAAUGAGAAAACAAAAGCUACCAAUCUCAUGAAUGAAACUAAAUCUUAUGUAGAAAAAAUAGAGAGCGCAAGAAAUCAAUUGUUCGGUGAAACACAGAAAAAUACAACUGAAAUUGAAUGUAAAGUAUAUGAGCAAGCAUGUAUAGAUAACAUUAGAAAAAUAGGGGAAACUCUUAAAAAAGCUGAAGAAAAAAAAGGGGAAUCAGAAAAAGCUGACAAAAUGGAAAAUGUGAAAAAUAUAAAAGGAGAAGUUAAUAAAUAUUUGAAAGAAGCUAUAGACGAUUACAACUCUAUGCAAAAGGCAUUAGAAGAUAUUAAAGAUGUGCAUAAUUUAUUAAUGUCAACUAGUGCUAAAAACAUUGCUAAUGAAAUAUCUAAGAAUGCUAAUGCUGUGAAUGAAUUUAGAGAAAAGGGAAAGAGCGAACUUGAGAAAAUGAGAAGUAUAAUAGAUGCAAUAGAAAAAAAAUUAGAGGAAGCAGGAGGUAUUAAAAGACAAAUUCAUAUAAACUCAGAUGAUAAUAAGAUAGACAAUCAAUUAAAACAAAUUAAUGAAAUAUAUAAAGAAAUUACAAAUAGGGAGGAUGAAAUUGAUGAAAUUUUAAGAAAUAUAAAAGAGUAUAGGGAUAAUGCUUUAUCAGAAGUUCGUAAAGCAGAAAGGGGGAAAAUUAAAAUUGCUUAUUUGGAAAAAAAUAAAGAAAGUCAAGAGAAAAAUAAUGUAGACAUGAAAGAAGUAGAUAAGAAUAUUGUAAAUUGUAAAUUAUAUGAAGAAGAAGUUCUUAGUCAUAUGGAAGACGCCCAAGGAGAAUAUGAAUUAUAUUUAAAACACAAAAGUGAAAUUUCUGGUACUUUAAACGAAUCUGAAAUUUUAGUAGUAGAAACAAAAUCAGAAAAAAGAAAAAAUGAUGCUAAGAAUAUAAUGGAUGAUAUUGAAAAAGAAUAUAAUGAGAUUAAAAUAGAACUCCAAGAAUCCCUAGAAAAAUUGAAGGAAUUGGCAUCAAAGCACACUGUUAGUGUAGUUGAAAAUUCUUUUCAAAACAAGACAUCAACGGAUGCAAAUGUAUUUAUAGAAUAUAACUUAAUAAAAGUGAAACAAAAUUUAUCAAGCAUAAGUAAUAUAAAACAAGAAGUGAAUGCUCUUUAUACUAGGGCAAAAGAUUCAUAUGACAUAAUAUCAAAAAAUUCGCCCUUAGAGGGAAAUAACAAGCUUCAAAAUGUGGAAAGGGAAGCAUCAGAAUAUUUAAAAUAUAUAGAAAAAAUUAAAGGAAAAAAUCAGCUAAUAAAGGAAAAACGCAGAAAUUUAAAAGAAAUUAUUUCAGAUAAUAAAAAUAUCGAAGAAGAGCUGAAAAAACAUAGCAAACUUUUUGAACUUGGUCUUUUGGACAAGAUUAAAGACAUAGCUGAAAAUAGAAAAGUAUACAUGGAUUCAACAGAUAAACUUUUAAGCUCAUCAAUUAAUCAAAUUACUACUAACUUUAAUGGAUUCGAUGUAAAAGUAUAUAAGAUUGGAAGCAAAUUAAAUGAUUAUAAAAGAAAAAUAAGUGAGUUCCUUACUGAGUUCGCUAAUCAUUACGAAUUAAUUAAGAGCAAAGUUAAAAAUUCUUUGGACAGUUCAGUAGACUUUGAUGGUGCAAAAAAAUUGAGAGAAGAAGUGCAAGAAUUAGAAAAAAACCUUGAAAGAAUAGAAGAAAAAACAAAGAAAUAUUUGAGCAACAUAAAAAAAAUCGAAUGCUUUAGAUUAAUACAUAAAAUGAAGGAAUAUAUGAAUGAAAUAAAUAAAAAGUGCAAACAAGAGUAUGAAAAAGUAAACGAAGACCAUCUUGUCAUUCAGCAAAUUAUUGGAGAUUUUAAAAAUUUAAACGACGAAAAAAACUCAUCAGCAAAGUUAAAACAAGCAGGAGCUAAGAUUGAGGAAGUUAAAAAAAGAACAAGUCAUUAUUUACACAAAAACGAGGCACAUAAUGUGAUUGAAUAUAUGGUUAAAGCAUCCAAAAUGAUAGGAAUUACAGUUACAACAGGAAUACAUCCAGCAGAAUUAAACGCUAAGGCCCAAUUGAAAAAUAAUGAAGAAUUGCAAUUUGAACCAAGAACUGCGGUAAUAGUAGAAAAUGAAAAUUUCUCAGAAAAUAAAGACGUAUUGGACGUUCAUAAAAACAUGAAAGAUGUGUAUAAAAUCGCUCUUGAUAUAUAUAAAUAUUCAUAUGACAUAAUCAAAAAGCAAGAGGAAUGUGACAAAUUGGUGAAAAUGGGAGGAGACAAAUAUCAUAAUAUUAAAUUAAUGAACGAAUUAAAAGGCAUUCUAGAAAACGUUGAUGGUAUGAAAAACAUAAUUACAACUAAAAUUAAAGAAGCUUUUAACAAAUUAAGCGAGUUAAAUAAAAUAACAUGUAAUGAUGAAAAUUGUGAGAAUAUUUUAGAAAAAGCGAAUUCCGAAGAAUUAAAGAAUCUAAUAGAUAGUUUUAAUGAAGAAAAAAAGACGAGCGUAGUCGAGUCAAAAUUGAAGGAAUGCAAGAACAAAUUUGAGAGUCAAUUAGAAUUAUUAAAUGUUUUGGGAAAAUCAGUAGACAUAUUAAGUUCAAACGAAAUGCAUCAUAGAAACAUAGAAGAAAAAGAAUCAUCUGUUCAUUUAAUUUCAUCAAAUUUGAAAGAUAUAGAAAAAGAAAUUACUGAUAUUAAUUCUUCUUUUGAUGAAUUGUUAAAUAAAGGGAAAAAAUGCGAAAAGUUUAAGUACAGUUCAAUAAAAGAUAAUCUUAACACGAAAAUAAAUAAUUGUUCCAUAUUUAUUGAUGAAAAAAAGCAAAAUGUUGCAGAAUAUUUAACGUACAUACAAAGUAAUUAUAGCUCUAUAUUUCAAGACAUUGAUACAUUGAAUUAUAAACUUGAUGGGAAACGAAUAAGUAAGUAUGGUGUAAAGGGGACCGAAGAGGCAAAUAAAAUUUCCACACAGUUAACUGCUGCAGUUAAUGAAUAUGAUGGGAUAAUUAAUAUUAUAAGAAAUGAAUUUAUAGAUAUUAACGAGCAAAUCGACGUAGCUACUUUAGAAAAUAGUGUAAAAAAAUUAAAGGAUAAUUAUGACAGCUUAUGUAAAAAAAAAGAUUCCAUUAAAGAGUUUCAUGACAAAAUUAAUUUAAUUAAAUUGAAAGAAAUAAAUGCAUGUUCUGAUAAGUACAUUGACAUAGCUAAAGAGUUUACAGAUGCCGUAGAUCAUCAAAGAAAAAGAUUAUUAGAACUGCAAAAUAGACAAAAUGCACUUAAACAUAAUAUAACAGAAAAUGAAAAUGAAUUAAUUAGUCUUGACAGCUCGUUUACCCUUGUAUCUAUUAAAACAUUCGAUUUAAUGUAUGAUAAUAUUAAGUAUAAGAUAAAUGAAUUGAAUAAAUUAGAAGAAUCUAAUAUUAAUGAACUUGAAAAGGUUAAAACAUAUGAGGAAAGUGUUUCGUAUUUAUUAACCAAAAAGGAUACUUUACUGGAUGAUAUCAAUAAUUAUGAAAAAAGAGACAAAUUGAAAAAUGAAAAUAAUGAAAUAACAAAUGAGGUAAACAGAAAUAUAACAACAACUAAGGAAAAAAUAAGAAAUUUAGAGGAAUACCUGUAUAAAUUAUUAAAGAAUAUUAGAGAUAGUGAGAAGUUAUACACAACUAAUAACACAAAGAGUUUCACAUCUGCCAUUUUGGAAAAAGCAGAUAACAUGAGGGAAAAUUUUACAAAAAAUUUUCCGGAAAACGAAAAAAAAUUUCAAAUAGAAAACAAUUACAAAGAAAUUAAGGGUAUUGUUGAUGAGAUCAAUAAGAACCCAGAAAUAAACGUAUUUAUUGAAAAUAUGACUAAGUAUAUUCAAGAUGGAUUUACAAGUGUCAAAGGUUCAGAAGAUGCUCAAAAAAUAAAAAAAGUAAAAGAUGAUAUUAUAGAUAAUUAUACAAAAGUAAAAAGUAAAUUAUCCGAAUUUAAUAAUGCCUUAGAUAUGAUUAAAUUGAAGAAAAAUGAGAUGAAUACGUUGUUUAGUUCAUUGUUAAAAGAGAACAGAGAUAACAAUAAAUAUGUUGAAUUUUAUAUACUUGAGGUAGACAAAAUAACUAAACAAAUGGAAGAAAGCAUUUCUAAAAUGUUAAGUUUAAUUAACUUUACUGAAAAUAAUAUUAAACUGAUAGAAGAAAAAUUAUAUAAAAUAUUAAGCUUACCGGUUAAUGAUAGAUCAGAUAGUACUAAAAAUGAUUUGUUAAAUGAUUCCAAGGAACAAGAAAUUAAUAGAGCUACAACAAAAACGCAGAAAUUAGCUGAAAAAGAGAGAUAUUCAGAUACAGGUGAUAUAUAUGGUAUUAAUACCAUGAAUAGUCAAAAUGGGGCGAAUCAAAAUGGAAAUGAAGAAUAUCAAAAUAGGGGUCGUUAUAAUCCUGGAGGAGAAAAUACAAGAAUUCUUUUUGCAGGGGGAGUUAUUUUGGGUUUAUCUGUUUGUUAUGGAAUUUCUCUUAUUACAAACAAACGUAAUAAUGAGGAAAUGAAGGAGUCAGAUUCCUUCGAUGAAGGGUUUGAGGGUAGUGAUACGUAUAAUAUGGACGAUAAGGAAGAAGCCAUCGACGUUUAUUUUGAUGAUGGUUAUGAUUCUGAAUAG